AUGCCGCGACUGCUCCACGUUUGGCUCCUCGCGCUUGCCAGCCUGCUCGCACCUUGCCCUGCAGACGAGCUGCCGCCGGUCGAGGCCAUCGAAGCGUGGGCGCAUGAGCAGGGCUUGCUGAGCCGCUCGCUGCGGCUCUCGGACAGCACCGAGACGGGAGUUGGUGUGGUUGCUGCCGCCGACAUACCCGCGGGCGCACUGCUGGUGCGAUCGCCUGCUCCGCUGUGCGUGACGGCGGCCCGGGCACGGGCAGACCCGGGUGUGGGUCCGCUGCUGCUGCGGGCUGAAGCCACUGGCCCGGCGGUCGACGACAACGUCGCGAUGGCCGCCUUCUUGAUGCGUGCAGUGGAUGUGCCGCCGCCAGAGCUUGCGCCGUGGAUCCGCGCGCUACCCGCCUCGUUCGACCUGCCUCUCACCUGGUCCGAGCCAGAGCUGCUGCAGCUGCAGGCCUCGCCCGCCAGGCUGAGAGCUGAGGCGCUGCGGCGCUGGUCGAGGGCCGAGUACGCGAGGAUCUUUGGUGCGUGGAGUGAGCCGCUGGACUUCGAGGGCAGCCUUUCGCGCUGGACGUGGGCGCUGUCCGCGGUCUGGUCUCGCUCCUUCAUGCUCGGCGCGGUCGAGGGGAGCUGGCGAGUCCUCGCGCCAGUCGCAGACCUCCUCAACCACGCCUCGCACGUUGAGGGAGCGGGCGAGGCGGAGCAGGGGUCGGAGCAGGGGCUGGAGCUGGGCCGGUCCACGCCACCCGCCGCGAAGAUGGAGCUGCACGCGCGGGGCGACUCGCCGCGGCACUGGCACUCGGCGGCGGGGGCGGCGGGGGCAGGGGGCGAGUCUUACGAGUCGCUGCCUCUGUCGGACGAGGCCUUGACUCUGGUGGCGACGAGGGAGGUGUCUGCGGGCGAGGAGGUGCAUAUCCUCCUUCUUCAGCUCCGAGAUGAGCGAGAUCGAGCCGAGAUUGAGCCGAGAUGA